AUGAAGACCAAGAAGUCUUUUAUGUCCAUGAAUCUACCUGUGUUCACCUACACUGACCAGGGUUCUCUUCUUGAGGACUACCCAUUUGUCCAGAAUGACUGCUAUUACCAUGGUUACGUGGAAGGAGACCCAGAAUCCCUGGUUACUGUUAGCACUUGUUUGGAGGGCUUUCAAGGAAUGCUACGGAUAAAUGGUGUUGUUUAUGAAAUCAAGCCCAAAGGGCUUUCUGAGACAUUUGAACACCUGGUAUACAAGAUGGACAGUAAGGAGACACAAUCACCACCAAUUAGAUGUGGAUUAACAGAAGAUGAAAUAGCAUGGUCACUGAAGUUUCAAGAGAAUGAUAAUUCUAUUUUGAUGCAAAGUUCUUACAUGGGAUGGUGGCUUCAUCAAAGGUUUCUUGAACUGGCAAUUGUGGUAGAUCACGGACGCUUUAUUUUUCGGGGAAGUAAUAUCUCCAUCGUGGAAAUGGAUGUAAUCAUGGGUAUCAGUUUAGUAGAUGAUCUUUAUAACUCCAUUAAUCUUGAUGUGGUACUAAUUGCAAUUGAGAUUUGGAACAAAAGAAACCCCUUUAUAGAAACUACCACCACUCAGAUGGUGAAAAGAUUUUGUGAGUGGAAAAAAACCAGCUUCAAUUCUCGUGUGUCUCACGAUGCAGCACAUAUUAUCGUAAGACAAAAUUUUUGUAACACAAUGCUUUGUAUGACAUAUCUUGGAGGAAUAUGUAGUUCACAUUACAACUGUGGAUUGGAAUGCAUGAUGGAUGAUGAAAUUAUUUGGUUUAGAUCAAGUGUGACACAUGAGCUUGGUCAUACAUUGGGAAUGAGUAAUGAUGAUGGUAAAAAUUGUACAUGUGGGAGAAACAUCUGCAUAAUGAAUAAAAAUAUAGUACCUUCAGAGGCAUUCAGCAACUGUAGUUAUGAAAUGUUUUUUGAAACCAGUUUCAAAAGGACCUGUUUGAACAAUUCCCCCAAAUCAGAGCACAUCAUCACAAGCAAGCGCUGCGGGAAUGGUGUGGUUGAAGAUGAAGAGCUGUGUGAUUGUGGCACCUUAAAGUUGUGUGCAAAAGAUCCAUGUUGUUUGCAAAACUGCACUCUGAAACCUGGGGCUGUUUGUGCUUCUGGACUUUGUUGCAAAAAAUGCCAGUUACUGCCAUCAGGCACAGUAUGUAGAGAACCAGAGAGUGAAUGUGAUCUGCCAGAGUGGUGCAAUGGAAUGUCUAGUAGAUGUCCAGAAGAUAUGUACGUGGAAGAUGGGAGCUCUUGCCUGGGCAAGGGCUUCUGUUAUGAGAAGAGAUGUAAUAAGCAUGAUGAGCAGUGUAAGAAAAUUUUUGGCGAAGGAGCCAAGAGUGCAAAUCUGAGUUGCUACUUGGCAAGGAACACCAAGGGUGACCGUUUUGGUCACUGUGGUAUCAUAGACACUAAAUAUGUAAGAUGUCGGCAUGCAGAUGUUCUCUGUGGUAGAGUUCAAUGUGAGAAUAUAACACAAAUUCCCCUUUUGAGAGAACAUACUACUGUGCUUUCCACUUACGUCAAUAAUAAAACUUGCUGGGGUACUGACUACCACUUUGGUAUGACCAUACCUGAUAUUGGUGAAGUAAAAGAUGGGACAGAGUGUGGCAUAGGUCUUAUGUGCUUGCAGAGGAAGUGUGUCCCUAUUCCAGUGGGGGAAGAAUCUUGUUUGACUACCACUUGCAAUAUGAGAGGUAUUUGCAACAAUAAACAUCACUGCCACUGCAACUAUGGUUGGGCUCCACCCAUGUGCCUGAAGCUAGGCUCUGGAGGUAGUGUUGAUAGUGGUCCACCACCCCAGAGAACUAAGAAAUACGAAUGGAUUUUCAAACUUCUGUUCGCUUCGAUUAUUGUUUUGCUUUUGUGUGUCAGUUUGUUAAUUUGGAUUUUGAGUAAGAAGGACAAAUCACAUGAGGGUAAAAUGAAAAAUAUUACAAUUAUACCUAAGCAAAAUGUAGAAACUUCACCUACAAAAGAAGAGGAAAAUGUUGAAACUUCACCUAAGCAAAGAGAG